AGUGUGUAGCCUACUAUUUAUUUAAAAAGCCCGUUUAUCAAAGUGUAUCCCUCACUUGCAGAGUUUGUAUGGCUAAUGAUGAAUGCAGUAUUACUCUCGAUGCAGCAGGUGUACCGUUCCUGACGCAGUUUGUUCAGCCGUCUGCUGUCGUCCCUCACACGCCUUCACCGGGUAUUUACCGGGCAACAGUUGCAUCAUUUGUCAACCGGUUGCGAUACAGCAGCCCUACUUCGCAAUACCUCGAGAACACUGUAUCACGCAUUUGCGCGCGCGUUACGCGUUCUGUCGGUUCAGCUCGAGCGCGGUGAGUCAGUGAGGCGGGACUGGAUUAGUCGCUGUGCGUUGGUUCUGUUGGCGGUACCGUAACCGGGCGGCAUGAAACGGAAUGCGGGCAACAUUUAGAGCCCGUCACACAGUCACAGAGACCGAUACUCGCGUUCGCGGCUUUAUCCGUUUGUGUUUUGUGUUUCCUGUAAGGCUGGAAAGAUUGCCGCGUUAAGAAGGUUAUUCGGAGGCAGCGCUCACCCUGGAAGCACCAUGGCCAGGGGAAGCGAGGAAUCUGUGAAUGGAUCGUGGAAAAAACAAGUGGAUGACAUCAGGAAGAUAUUUGAGUUUAAGGAAAUCCUCGGGACUGGGGCGUUUUCUGAGGUGGUCCUGGCCCAAGAGAAGGCCACGGGAGAGAUGUACGCCGUGAAAUGCAUUCCAAAAAAAGCACUAAGAGGAAAAGAGAGCGGAAUAGAAAACGAGAUUGCAGUGCUGAGGAAAGCGAGAGAGAUGACUCAGCCUUUACGACACGCCCCUCACAGCCUCCUACCUUUACUGACUCCUACCUGUCCCUGUCAAAAGCGUCGGAAGCAUUUUAAAGGCCGUACAAAUGAUUCAUGUGGCCUCCGCCGCAGACCUCUCUAUUCAGCGCACGUUGAGGCCGAGCGCAGGUCCGCGGUUGUCAUGGUAAAACUUUGGAUCAAGCAUGAGAACAUUGUGGCACUGGAAGACAUUUACGAGAGCCCCACUCAUUUGUAUCUUAUUAUGCAACUUGUGUCAGGUGGGGAGUUGUUUGAUCGUAUCGUAGAGAGGGGUUUCUACACGGAGCAGGAUGCCAGCGCUUUAAUCAAGCAGGUUGUGGAUGCAGUUAACUACCUGCAUUCACUGGGGAUAGUCCACCGAGACCUGAAGCCAGAGAAUCUGCUCUAUUAUAACCCACAUGAAGAAUCCAAGAUUAUGAUAAGUGAUUUCGGGCUGUCCAAGAUGGAGGGCGCAGCCAAUGACAUCAUGUCCACAGCCUGUGGGACGCCUGGAUAUGUGGCUCCAGAGGUAUUAGCACAGAAACCUUACAGCAAAGCUGUGGACUGCUGGUCUAUAGGAGUGAUCGCUUACAUCUUGUUGUGUGGAUACCCUCCGUUUUAUGAUGAGAAUGACUCCAAACUGUUUGAGCAAAUACUGAGGGCAGAAUACGAGUUUGAUUCCCCGUAUUGGGACGAUAUUUCUGAUUCAGCUAAAGACUUCAUUAGGAACCUGAUGCAGAAAGAUCCAGAAAAGAGGUUGACUUGUGAAGAGGCUCUUCGGCAUCCGUGGAUAGCUGGUGAUACUGCGCUCCGUAAGAACAUCCACGAAUCAGUCAGCCGACAGAUGAAGAAGAACUUUGCCAAAGCAAAAUGGCGACAAGCGUUCAACGCUACCGCAGUGAUCAGACAUAUGAGGCGUCUUCAGCUCGGCAGCAGUAUGGAUUCCUCUCAACGCAGGAAGCAGAAUCCAACAUCCAUGCCAGGGAAGAGUCAGUCGGUCGAUGUUUCCUCAGUCCACCACAAUGAUUCACUUGAGGAGGGUGUUAUCUUUGUCUAGGUUCGUCCAUGCAAGAGGCAAACUCUUCCUCGAAGACGCCCGAGCGGCACACGCGGCCAUCCACGGUCACUACCAUCAUCACUGGCUCCAAAUGACAUCACUUCCUGUCAGACUCUUGCACUUUGUGGAAAGUCGUGUUUUCUUCUAUUUACCGGUAACUUCCAUUGUCCACAGUCGCCCAAUCAAACCAGUUCUCCUUUCCUGGAAAGCCACUGGAGUGCUCUGAAACAAGACUGAUUCAAAACUAGUGGCCUGUGUGAAUUUCAGGGGACUGUUUUAUGUGGCUGUUGAAUGGAGAUUACGAACCUUGGGAUGAAGAACAUCUGCUCUGAGAUUUAAUAGAAGGUGUAGAUAAAACGAUUUUCGUUCAGUAAAGAGUUCUUGUAACGUUUUGCUGCUUUAUUUCAACCUGCUGCGGUUUUGAAGAACCAAACAAUAAAGGAUGCGAGAUUCACAGAAGUUGAUGUAGUAAAUAAAGGCUUUAAACCAAUAGCCACGUUUAAUGUCAUCCAGUACGUAUAAACUUGAAAUUCAGUCCUGGAUGCGCCUGGCAUUUAUUAAUGAGAGAAUGAAGGAUGUGAAUAUUGUAUAAACAAACAGAAAUGUGUAGUUCAGUGUUUUUAUCAGCAAUCAGUGAAAGAAUCUGGAAUGAUUUGUGUCGAAUGUAUACAAUGAUGGUGUUUGUUUGUAAGCUUUGCUUUUUUAAAAUGACGUUUGGUCACACUUUACAUUCCGGUGAUUAUGUUGCAUUGUAAAUUCAGGUAUUUAUUGCUAUUGCUACUUACUAUUAAUAGGAAUUAUCAAGUAUAUGUAAUAUAGACACUGUAAUGUAAACUGUUAUCAUGACUUUGUUCUUUAAAUUGUGACUAAUGAUGAGAUUGAUAGACGCUUGACCAAUAACGUGUUUGUUUUAUCACAGAUCUAUAUGAAAAGUACCAACUUCAGUGACGGACAUUUGUAUUUGCUGAUCUUGUGUUUCAGUGAAGCGAAAACAACUCAGAUUUCACAUAUCGUCCAGUGUACGCAUGCAAACAUCACAGUUUUCCAGUUUGACUGAAGCUGUUUUGAUAUGAUGUGUCCACAGAUAUACGACCGUGAGAGAUUCAAACAGUUUCUGCUCUAGAUCUUGCAUGUCAUCCUGGUCUUCAUACCAGCUCUCUGAAUUUAGCAGCUGAGUGCUGGUUCUUUCAUUCAGGUCGCAGAAAUGAUGUAAGCAGUGUUUUCUCUUUAGUAGAAUUGUUCUGUGGUGAGUGUUUUUGGUGAGUGUAUGGUUUCAAAUUUUCAUUAAAGACAAAGAUAACACCAGA